CUCGUUGAUAACAGCAAUGAUUAUCACACCAGAAGCACCUCUCCUUACACCCAACUUCCUACUCGCUCUAAACGUUCUACUGUGUCCGACUCUAGGCAGUCAAGGAACUUAGAAUCCAGUCCAACCAAAUUCCUCCAUCCCGCUAGCCAUAGCGGAGAGCACGCCAGGAAUCGAUCUACAUCUCUACCAGAAUCUGCACAUCAGAAGGUACCUGUCCCGCUCAGUGCCAAUUGUACGCCGAGGCCCAGUUCUUUCUGUACACCGUCGCGAUUGCCUCGCCCAAGCGUCGCUCUGACACCAAAAAGCCGGCAUCGGCCGUCUGCCUCGCUCGAUACUUUCGAAGCUCCAAUGACGCCGUCGACCUUGAAGAAACCAAACAAAUACGUUGGGCCCAUGGGUCCUGGUUCAAAUCAUCGUCCUCGACAGUCAUUAGGACCGGCUCCAGCGCCUACAUCUCUAGUUACGAAGAAGCCACAUCCACAGCCAUUACUUCGUCUAGAUCUGCCGCCUAUACCCCCGAUACCAUCUUCAACAUCCCUACCAGUAAUCCCAAUAACCGUCCCGGAACCUCGCAAAUUCUCUAAACGCGAUCCGAAGCAAAUUCUGAGCGAUUUCAAAUCUUUGAUUGGUGCUGAAGAAUGUGGGAAGGUACGAGAGUAUCUACCUUUGGACGUGAUGUCAGCGAUACAUGAGCGAGAGCUUAUGGAGGGAGCAGCGAGGUUUAGACGAGCAAAGUCUAUCAAGGGACAUUCAAGUGGAAGAAUUGCUGUUGACAAUCUUUCAGAGCCAACAAGUGUAUUUGGGUUCCCUCUACGUCAAAUAGCACUGUACGCUUCUACAAAAGCUGUUUUGGGUGGGUUCGAGCACAAUCUCCCCAUUGUUGUGUUUGCUUGUGUUGAAGAGCUAUAUCGUAAUGGAAUAUCCACGCCAUCAAAUCCAACUCCAACCUCGCCUUCCUCAAACAAAUUCGUUCGACGAACCCUUUCCUCUUCUCCGCCAAACGCUGCAGAACACAUCCAACCACGUGUUCAAACACUGCUCUCCAUAUUCGACUCACCCGUACAUAAAUUCGGGCUGAACGCAUCGCUCAAAGACGAAGCCUCCAAUGACAUUUAUGCUCUGCUCACUCUAUUCCUGUCUCGACUCCCGGAACCCGUUCUUGCUCCUACGGACGUCCUUCCAGGGCUGAGGAACGCAUUGUGGGUGUGGUGUGUUAAACCCCAAGGCGUAGUAGGAGGAGGACUAGCCGCCAAAACAACAACCCGGAUCCGAAUCGCACAGAUGCUUCUGGGUCUGCUCCCGACGGCGAAUUUAUCGUUGUUUGUGUAUUUGAUGGCGUUCUCGUGUCAGGUGUUGGAAGUUCAUAUGAAGAAGAGACGAAGGGCAUCAGCGGCGAGUGACUCAUUGGCUUGUGCAGUUGAAGGAGGGGUUUCGGCGCUGGAAGCGCAGUUGUUGGCGUUUGAGAGGGAGCUGGAAGGGAAGAAUGAGAGGGAGAACGAGAAGAGGAGAUUGGGGAUGGCUUGGGGUGUUUGGUUGUUUGGGAAGGAUGACCAAGAGGAUGAUGGUCGCUCGACUUUAAUGAUGGUUUGGUUCGUUACCCACUGGGGAGAUAUCAUUCGAGGAUUCUUCGAACGUGGAAUCUCAGUCGAUAGCGACCUCGCCCUCGACGACGUAUUUGUAUCUCACGGAUCCCCGAACCUUGUCAACUUGCCGACUACUUGUCCUGAUUCAAAUACCGAAAGUAGAGGACCCGGAGGAAGAUACGAGAUAACAGGAGCAGCUUGUACUACACACAGAGAUUCUUCCAGACGACUUCAUUAUUUGAAUGCACAACGCCCGGCGGAAGAGUCUCUCUUUGCUUCGUCCAUGUCGCUUAACCGGUUGAGACUCGAUCCUACUGCCGUUUCGCCGGACACUACACCCAAAUUUUCUGGUCCGUCUUCGCCUCUCAAGAUUGGUUUAGUGAGAGGGCUAUCGUAUGGAAGACCGAGUACACAAACCCUUGUACCUCCCGAAGCUGAGCAGGAAGGGAGCAUACAUAGCCGGUAUAGCUGUCGAUCUUCCAACACAAGACAUGAACGUGAAUUUGAGGCAAUACAUAUGGAGAGAGAAGCUUCUCCGAGUCAGAGCUCUGUGUCCGCACUUGAUGAACGAUUAUUGGACCUCCGUUUUUCUGGUGGCGACGAGUCCCCUACUGCUCGUACAUCUUCCUCGGACACAUCCCGAUCCCUGAAUACACCACCUUCGGUCGCUCAAAUAAUAACAAACUCGGACACUGAAAGCAAGUAUCCAGAGCUUGUUAUAUCUGAAUUAUCAGACGCAGGUUCAGACCCCUUCCCUGGAACUCUUCGGGUAGUCAAUGGCUGUGACACCGAUUCGAUCUUUUCACGUUCGACUUCCGCUUCAGGGAGCGAGUAUUCCUCAAGGCCGUCUCCAGCGGAAGAUAAAUCCGCAAAUUCGGAUUCGAGGGAAAGACCGACGCUGAGACUAGCGUUUUCUUCGUCUGGGUCAAGUUCUGAAUCGGCGCCGGUAUCGGAUAAGGAUGUCAAUGUGAUUUCCGAAAUUCAUCUAGGACACGCGGCGUUUGAUGAUAGAGGUGGCGGAGGCAUUGGUUCUGAUUUUGAGAAAGCUUGGAAGAAGACAACGUGCUCUCUAUGUGCAGAUGAUUGUCCGGUGCAUCUGUACGCGAAGGAGUUGGAGAUGCAGGUGGAUGAAUUGAAGAUGCGAAUGAAGGAGUUGGACAAGGGAGAAGGAAAAUGAGAUCCUGCGAUCCGAGUGCGGGUGGGAGUGAAGUUCGGAUUGCACGGCCCUCACCAGGAGAGCUACUGUGGAUUAGCCUUUCUUCUAGCUGUAUUUUGCGCUAGCUUGGGGUUUCCUUUCUUUGUUCUUCUUUCGAAGGAAUCAAAAUCAAUCGGUUUUGCGAACAACACAUAAAUCAUCGUUUGAAUAUUCACACCAUGUUCAAGUUGGAACAUGUACAAAGACCCGUGACCCACCCAAGCUGAGCAGACCUGAGCUCUCGUCGGCCAAGCUAUUCACACAUUUCAGAAAUGUAUUUACAUUCAGUCGAAUGUUACUUUGGUAAACUACAUCCUCAGUAGGGACACAAGUGCAAUAUCAAGGAAAUGAAUCUUGUUUCGUGGCUCGGAGAAGUCCUACAUAUAAAGGUUGCAAAAGUUGAUGUCACUUGUCUCGUCUUCUCUCGAAUCCCCU